GCUGUUCCUCAGUCGCUGCGGUCCGAGCUCGAGCUCCAGAGCUAACCAGAAGCAGAGAUAGCAGGCUUUCUUCGCUCAGGCUAACUCGCUCAAGGCUUUGGUUCAGGAUGGAAACUCGUAGUGCCGCGCGGCGUCAACGCAUCUCUCAUGCGCUCAGCUUCAAGAGUGGUCUGUCUCUAUGGCUGGUGCUAUGGCUGUUGGCAUGUCACUGUGCUCCAGGGAAAGCAUGUCCAAGACUGUGUGUGUGCUAUCACAUGCCCAUGACUGUCAGCUGCCAGUCUCAGAACUUCUCCUCUGUCCCUGUUGGCGUGCCCUAUGACUCCCAGCGUGUUUUCUUGCAGAACAACCGCAUCACCGAGCUCAGGGCAGACUCCUUUGGUUUUGAGACACAGGUCCUUUGGCUGUAUUCAAACAACAUUUCCUGGAUUGAGGCAGGUGCCUUCAGUACCCUGCGUGUGCUAGAAGAGCUGGAUCUUGGGGACAACCCGUCCUUAAGGCAAGUGGAUGGUGGUGCAUUCCGGGGCCUUGAGAGGCUACAAAGCCUGCACAUGCACCGGUGUGGUCUGACUGAGCUGCCUGCAGAUGUGUUCCGCAAGCUUUACAGCCUGCAGUUCCUUUAUCUGCAGGAGAACCAGCUGACCCACCUGCCUGAUGGUGUGUUCUCUGACCUGGUCAACCUCACGCAUCUGUUUCUGCACGGCAACCGUCUUCGCAUAGUCUCUGAGAAUGCUUUCCGUGGCCUGGUCAACCUUGACCGGCUGCUUCUGCAUGAAAACCGCAUCCGCCAGGUGCACCGCCGCGCCUUCCGUGACCUGGGCCGCCUCACCAUCCUCUACUUGUUCAACAAUGCACUGCGUGAACUGCCUGGCCAGACGCUGAAAGACACAGCAGGCCUGCAGUUCUUGCGCCUCAAUGACAACCCAUGGGCAUGCGGCUGCGAGGCACGCUCUCUCUGGCAGUGGUUCCGUGAUGCACGUGUCUCCAGCUCUGAGCUGAUCUGCACCUCGCCUUCAGCACGCCAAGGCCAGGACCUCCGCUUCCUGCGUGAGCUCGACUUUGCCACCUGCCCACUUCCUGAUCCCGGCUCUCUGACUGGCACCACCACCACCACCUUCAGCACCAAGACACGCUGGUGGUUCUCCAAGAACAAACCAGUUGCCUCAGCCAAGGGUGCUUACCAGAAGAACGCUGAGCUCCCCAAGGCCUUCCCCUUCUCCUCAGUGAAGAAUGCCCAUUCUGCAGCUGUAGCAGCAGCUGCAGCUUCAGCAUCUAAGUACGAGCUGACACCGGAGGAGGCUGCCUUGCCAAAACUCGAGCCCGAAGAGUACUGGGCCAACUACGGCAACGAAGAUGCAACCUCAGUCCGAUGCUUUGAGCUCGAUUGCGACGACUCACAGAUUCUCCCUUCCUCUUCUUCUGCAUCUCCCUCAUUUCUGUAUCUCCUCUCUCUCUCUCUUCUGGCUCUUUCACUUCACAUGCUGUUUGGCUGAGUAGAGUGUUCUAAUCUCUUCUCUUUUCUUCUUUUGCCCUUUUUUCUGUAUUUGACCCCUCACGACUUGAUGGGGUCUGAUGCUGAGGCACACAACAUCAGCCACAGGAAUGGCAAAGAUGGCACAAACACACUCACACACACACACACACAUGUGUACAACACAUAGAUGUUCACAUACAUAUGUGUGAACACAGAUAAACACUUUUAGAUAAACAAUUGUUGCUGUCUAGUGUCAUUUAUGAGGCAGAGUUAGGAGUGUUGCCUUGACUGCAACUCUCAGGAGACCUUGUACACUGGGCACUCUAUUUCUGCAGUCAGUGACACAAAAACAGACAGUGAGAUAGAUAGAGCUAGACAGAACGUAAUUAAGGUGUGUUGAGGGGUCAAACAAAACAUAACUCGUUUCAGAGAUGUGCUAUACAACCUUCACAAGAAAACCUAGAGAUAGCCUAAACAGCUGUAAAUAUGCACUUCCACCUUGUCACAUGAAGUAACACACAAACAACUGGAACAGGAAUGAUAGUCUGAUUAGAUUGUGCACAAAGUUUUUUUCCUUUUUCUUGUCUGUAUACUUCAUUUCAUUAUCCAUAACAAAUAUGUUAAAUGGAAAGAUGGAUUCUGCACCCAUGUGUCUUUAUUCAUUUAAGGAUUUUUGGAGUGGUAGUGUCUGUCCUGCAGUGAGGUUUACAUAUAAACCUUUGUAAUCUGUGUGUGAGCUUAGUUCUGGCCUUUCACUGAGUUUUUUUCCAUUCAGAGAUUUGGAACUGAAUUAAAGUUAUAAGGAGACAUUUCACUGUACACAGAACUGUGCAUCAUGUCAUCACAUUGCUUGUACAUAAAAAAAAUACCCUAAUAAACUUUUUUUCU